CAGGUUUUUGGAGAAAUAAUAGUAUUUGUUGAAAAUAAUAAAUCAAGUAGCCCUAAAGAUAUAUGUUAUUGUGUUUUAUGUGAUAUUAUGUUAUUUGUUUUAGGAGAGCAGAUCGAGAGCCAUCAUUAUAUUCUGUGGUUUGCAGCUGCCAUUUCAAAGAUGGAAAGAAGGAGAAUGGUCCAUCAAUUUUUGCAAGAAAUGAGAAGAAAGUAAUGGAUUUUCCAGAAACUGGAACAAGUCGUAAGAAGCGGUUACGGACAGAGGCAGAGGUCGAUGCAUUGGAUGCUGCACCACCACCACCCUCACCACCGCUGCAAGCUGAAGAAAAUUCUCCAUCAACCAGUAGGCCAAACAAUGAAGUCAUUCUAGAAGCUGAAAUUUAUUUUUUGAAGAGGGAAGUUGAGGAGUUGAAGAAAAACAAAACGGUCAAUCAAAGAUUCAAUUUUGAAAUGAUCAAAAACAGUGAUGAUUUAAUCAUACUUCACACUGGGCUGCCCAACAAAGAAGUAUUUGAAUAUGUCUUGGAAAUUUGCACAGAUCAAGAUUUCAAAUAUUGCUCUGGUUGGGCAGUGACAGUAAUUGAUCAUUGUAAUCAACUAUUAAUGACAUUGAUGAAACUGAAGCAGAAUGUACCUCAAAAUGAACUGGCUUUCCGCUUUCAAGUAAGCAGGGCUUCUGUAUCAAAUAUUAUUUCAACAUGGAUUGAUGUCUUACAUCAGACAAUUUAUGUGGGGUUGUUGAAAAAUAAAAUCCCCUCACUGAUGAAAAACAAGGCAUGUCUGCCAAACUGUUUUAGCAAUUUUACAUCCUGUCGCAUAAUAAUAGACUGCACAGAAGUGUAUUGUGCAGUUCCAGCUGAAAUGUCCAAAAAACAGAGCAUGUACAGCAACUACAAGCAUAGGUAUACCCUUAAGGGCCUUGUGGGAGUUGCUCCUAAUGGAGUUGUGACUUAUAUUAGUGACUUAUAUGGGGGGUCCACCUCCGAUAAAAAAAUAACCCAGGACUGUGGGGUAUUGUCAAACUUAGUGCCUGGCGAUGUUAUACUGGCUGACAAGGGGUUUUUAAUAAGUGACAUUGUUCCAGAGGGUGUACUCGUGAAUAUCCCACCCUUUUUGGAAACGCCACAGUUCACCUCUGAACAGGCGCUUCGGACUAGAAGCAUUGCUAGGGCAAGAAUUCAUGUAGAGCGAGCUAUUGGGCGCAUAAAGGGGUACAGUAUUUUGGAGUAUAUUCCCCAUACUUUGAUGCCUUUCAGCACCAAGGUCUGGCAAGUAUGUGGGGCUCUUACUAACUUUCAGUACCCGCUGAUUAAAGAAGUGGAGGUUUUUUAUAAGUGUGGGGAAAAUGUUGAGUAGCUUGUAAGUAGAUAGGUAAUACAUUUUGUAGGUUUUGAAUUUAUAAAAGUAUUGGUUGACACAACCAAAGCUGAUUUUUGGUUGCGCCUGAAAAACAAUGACUGACUGUCAGCCACUGCUGUUUAUCAGGAACAAAAAUCAUCCAUGAUUGCAGCUAGAAAACCAUCUAACUUUUGGCAACAACUAUCAUAAUGUAUCGUAUGAUCCAUAUCAACAAUCAAAUUUUAUAAGUAUUUCAACUGUAACGUCUUAAGGAAUUAAGAAGCCAAUACAUGAAGAAUUCAAUUUUAUCGAAAUUGUUGUCUACACAAUGAGUAGUAUAUACAGCUCUGUGCGUUCACAACUCAAUAGAUAUGUUUGACUUGAAUGACAUUUUAAAUAUGAUUGAUAAUAUGGGCCACAGAAUUUCAAAUGAUCCAAUCAUAUAUUAUGGAUCAUAUUAUAAAUGAUAUGAUAUUGUAUCUAUAAAUUUAUAAAUUAUUAAAUAAUAUACCUUAAAUAUAAUUAUUAACUAAUAUAUAGUAAAGUAGUUUUUUUUAAUUUAGUAAAAAUUUAAGUAGUAAGUAGUAUUCAAGUAAAAGGUAAUUUAUUAAAAAUGUGUUUUUUUUUUUAAUUUGAAAAUUAUAUCUAGAAUAUAGUUGUAAAUACAUAAUUGUAUAAAUUUCACAGAAGCUAUGUUUUUGCUUGAACUUUUGUUUGCUGAAAAGUAAAAUGUAUUAAAUUUUUGAUUAUAUUGCUUUACAGACUAUACAGACUAGUGUUCUUGUUUGUAACUUGAAUCCAAGUAUCUAAUGAUGUAAAAAAUAAUAAUAUAAGAACCCUUUUUUAAAUUGUUUAUUUACAACAUGUUUCGGCCAUGAUACCAUUAUCAAUAAUAUUUUUUCAUUUACUUGAUAGUGGAUUAUGGCUG